UUAAGAAACUCUUAAAUUACUUUUUAACACUAUAGUAAUAUUAUUAAUAAUAAUAAAGUUUAGCGCUUUUAAAGUUAGUUAGUUAGUUAGUUAGUUAGCUAGUAAGAUAUACUUAAAUAAUUAUAUUGCCAUAACUACUUAUUGAGUUUGAUAAAAACUUUUGUAAUGGAUAUUUAACAAUAGCCUGGUUGUAACAUUUAGUUUAUAGCUAAAAUUUUGGAAAAAGCUCCAUAAAAAAAGUCUCCUCUAAAAAAAAAGAAAUCCAAUAACAGCUUAAAAAGUAAAAGUGUAAGUAAAACUCCUUCUCGCUCGAGAUCUAAGUCGAAAGACAAAAAGCCAACGAGUUAAAACUCAUUAUUGCCAAAAGUAAAUGGAAAUUUAAUCUAAAUAGGAAAAAAACUCUCUAAAGGGUAGGAGUCGUUUUCUUUUGACAAGGUGUUUGAAAAAGGCUAAUCUAUUCAAGAAAUGUACAAAGCCGUCUUUUAGCCUUUAGUCCAUCAGUUCGUAUUUGAGAAUAAAAAUAUUACAAUAAUUCAUAAUGGGAACUUAAAGAGUAAGCAGCAUUUGUGGAUAAAUGAUGUUAAUUAAGUCGAUGAGGGUCUCUAUGGAAGGCUAAUUGACAACAUAUUUGAUUAAAUCACCUUAAAAAAUAUUCAAAAUGGAGAUGGGCAAUUAAUUACUGUUAAGAUGAGCUUUUUUGAGGUCACUAAUUUUCAAGAAAAUAUUGUAGACUUUUUAAACGACCAUUCACCUUAUUAAAAUAUGGAAAAUAUGAUAGUCUCAAGAGAAAUAUUUGAUUUAGAUGAUUUCUUGGAGGUUAUUUAAUACGUGUAGGAAAACAAUUUGUUAAGUAUUAAUGAAAAGCAGGGAAAGACUUAAAUUUGCAAGAUUAGACUGCAAGGUGUUAACUCUAAUUGUGAAAUGAACUUUAUUAAUCUUGAAGAAAUUGAUUAUAUGAGCAAAGAAAAUGAGGAAUAUUAUUGUGGAUUUUUUAAAGAAAUAAAGGAUACUUACAUUACUUAAGGAAUAAUUUAAAGUAAAAACACUAAAUUCUACAACUUCAGUAGAAUGACUUAACUGCUUUAAUCUGCAUUUAAUUAAAAUUCUGCUUUAGUUGUACUAUCCUCCUUCGUUUCUGACUCUAGCUAGCACUUAGAUAAUUUGUAGGGAUUGAAAUUGACAAAGAGGUUUCAAAAUAUAUUUAAAUUUGAAGAUGAUUCGAUUUAUUAAACAAAGUAGACAUCUGCUUUGACAACUAACUAUAACACAAACGAUCCAAAUUUAAGUAAUUAGCAAGGGUUGAGAGAAAACAAUCCUUUAAUUUAAGAUUCAGCUGCUAAAAAUAUUUAUGGCAGUAACAAUUAAUCAAGUCCAGCUAAGUAUAAUUUAUUUAGCAACCAGAAUUCUAAUUUUCAAUCUAUAAAUCCAUAUGAAGAGUAGUCUUAUCCUCCUAUGUUUGGUUAGACUCAUCGUAGAUCAAAGAGUAGUUUAUAAUUUGUAGAUGCUGACAAAAAUAUUCUAAAUAACAAUAGCCUGUUUAAUAGUUAUUAACUAAAAAAUCCUUAAAUUGAUUAAAUAAAUUAAGAGAUAGACAGAGUAAACGAGUCAAUAUAAAACCCACCAGUUGCUUAAUCUGCUGUUUUCACUAAAUGGAUUAAAAGUAAAGCUGAAUUUAUCGAAAACAUCUUAACAAACAUUUGCUAAAAUAAAUAAAUCGAUGGAGACAACAAAAAUUUGCUCUUAGACAAGGUGCUAAAUUUAAAGUCCCAACUAUAAAAUUUAAAUGAAAAUUAAAAUUCAAGCCCAAGAAGUCUUCCAGAUAGAUUUGUCAGUGAUCAUAUUAAGAAAAGAACAUCAAGUUCACCAGAUUUAAAGCAAUCACACAAAGAUAAUUUAUUUGAAUAUUUUGAGACACCUAGAUUUGAAUUAGAUGGAAGAAGAAGAAUGAAUUAUGGAAAGAGGGUGUCUUUAACAAACAGUGACUAGAAAAUUAUGUCUGGCAAUACUUCAAUAAAAAGUGUGAUUAAAAGUCCUUCAAGCAAAAACACAAGCACUCCUACACAAGCUGCGUCUAACUAAUUUUAGAGAUAUCCUGAAUAUUCAAAUUAUUACAAUAACAACAUGAAACCUGUUUAUGACUAGAGAAAGAUCAGGAAGAGUGAAGAGAUGAAUGAUAGUAUAGAUGAAUAAGAUAUAUAUAUGAAAGCAAUGAAGAAAAAAUAACAACAAAAAACUAUAAAUUUUAAAGGGGCUAAAAAGUCUGCUGAUAAAUCAUAAUCAGCAAAUCCUUUAACACAAAGGAAAAGCUCGCUAUCAAAGGGUCCUAAAAGAAAAAAAAGCACAACCUAAAAUAAAGAAGAUAAUAAUAACAGCUAAGUAAACAUGUCAACUUUAUCUAGAAAAUCCACACAAUCUCGUAAAUCAAUUCUUUCUAAAAAAUCUGCCACUUCUUAAAAAUCAGUUAAAUCUGCUUUCUCAUAAAAAUCUUAAAACUCUAAAAAAUCUGUAAAUUCUAAAACAUCCAAAAAAAGUGCUACAUCAAAUGCUUCUAAGUAAAAAAAGAACCCUCUAAACAGCAGCUCAUAAUAUAACUUGCUUGGCAAAAGAAAGUCAUCAAACCUGAAUGUCAGCAAGAAUAUAACCUCCAAAAGAAGUUCCCUUAAUACCUUAGGUCAAAACAGAUAGUAGCAACUUAAAGUAGUAAAAUCACCUAAAUCUUUAAAUAGAUCAAGAUCUUCAGCACAAGGAGAUUCAACGAGGAAUUACAAGGAAGUUAAAGACAAUUUAUUGAAGGAAUUGGACUUUAAAAUUCUUAAAACAGAAAAUUCUCCUAGCAUUUCUCAUAGCAGAAAGACAAGUUUAAGCAAAUCUCCUAAAUUUACUCCAAGAUAGCUUAAUGUGCCUGUUUUGAGAGGAAGAUCGCUGUCUAGAGAUUUUAAUACUUAAUCACUUGAUGAGAGCUAAAAUUAGAGUUAUGGUAAUAUAGCAGCAACUCCUCUAGAUAAUGUUUAAUAAAAUUUUUAGAAUGUCAAGAUAAAAGAUCAUUUGAAGCUAUAAAAUAACAACUUAUUGGGAAAUAUGAGCAACUAGAAUAUUGGAAAUUUUAGUCAAGCCAUUUCAGCUACUAAUUUAUUAAGUAAUAAAAAUAAUCUAAACAACCUUUUCUCUGCGAGGCAAAGCACAUAGGCUUAAAUUAGAUAAAAUAUUAAAGAACAUUUAAAAACAUUUAGAGACUUGGUUGAAUCUAGUUCAGAAGAGUCUGACUAUGAUCUUCUUUAAUAAAUCAGCAGUAUUCAACCUAGCAUGCCUUUGAGAAAGUCUUUUAAAUUCUAGUCUAAAGUUAAGGAGUUUGACCUUAGCUUUGAAGCUGAAAAGAAAUUCUUUAUUGAAUAGCAAGGUAAAGAAAACCAAACAGAACUCAUCAAGAACUACCACAAGUUACUACUAAAAUCAUAUGAUAUAUAGAAAUUGUUAGAAGAGUAAGUUUUGAUUAAUGAAGAAUUGCAAAAAGAAGUGUUUGCACAAGAGGAAAAAUUUAACAUUCUGUAGAGAAAGCACAUAAAGAAAAAAAGAGAAAAACAACUAAUAAAAAAAGAAAUGAAUGAUAAAUUAGUUGAAUUUGAGAAGAUGGACUAACGUGAUACGUAAAGCAGAUAAUAAUUAUAAUAAUAAAACUAAAAGAUGUAAAAUUUGCAAAUAUAAAAUGAGCAACAAGAUAAAAUAAUAAGAAAUCUUGAAUAGCAAAUCUAGGAAAUAAAAGAAUCUUAUGAAAGUAGAAUUUAAGAAAUAGAAGAGCAAAGUGAUAAUCAAAAAAUAUAAAUAGAAAAAUUAAGUGAUAUAAUCAAAAGAAAUUAACAAAGUGAGAUGGACUUAAGAUCAUAAAUAAAUACUAAAUCAUAAUAAUUUGAUAACGAUAUUAAAAUUAAAAGAGAAGAAUUCGAAAGACAACUUGCACUUAAUUAAUUAGCAAUAAAACAGGUUCAAGCAUCUAAAUCUGUUGAAAUUUAAUCUUAUGAAAAAAAAUUAGCAGAGGCUAUGUAAGAAGUUGAUCUCCUAAAAUCUUAGCUCUCUUAAAUGAAAUCAAAAUUCGAAGCAAGUGUUUAAGUUUAAAAGAAAAACCAAGAAAAUCUUAAUAAUUUUAGAAAGCAAAUAGCUGAUUAAAAUGAUAAAAUAGAAGAAUUAGAGGCUGAAAAUAAGUAACUUAAAACAGACAAAGUUAUUUUACAACAUAAAAAUUCUUCAAUAAUUUAAUAAAAUAUCUCUCAAUAAAUUUAGAGUGAUAAAAAUAUUAAACAAAUCGAAUAAAGUUUACUUUAUUAUAAGACCAAAUAGAGCUAAAAUCCGAAGGAAUACUCUUUAUUAAAUAAUUACGGAUCAACUGUAGAUCAAGAGUAAAAAAUAGCAAUGAAAAUGUAAACACCCUAGCAUAAUAGCUCUCUGUAGAAAAGUAUAUAAAACAUAACAACUAUCCCUACCUCGCAUUAAAACAUGAAUUUUAGUAACUUACCUCUGUAGAGCUAACCUUAACACACUUUUAUCAGUUAGCAAGGAUAUUUGAACAGCUCAUCUAAUAUGCACAAUAGCAAUAAUUAAAAUAUUUCUGUUUCAUAAUAUGAAGCAAUUAGUAAUAGAGAUAAUAAAUCAGAGAGAAACAGUCAGAGCCCAUAAAUAGUAUCAUAAAUAGCUAUCUCAGAAAAACCUUAAGCAUUAUAAAUGCCCUAAUCUCAAAAAAUAGACCUUAAUAAUCUGAUAAACACCUCGAAUUCAACAAAAAUAUCAAAGAAAAGUAAAGAUGGAAGCAAGACCAAGAGGAUAAUAAGAGAGCCAAAAGAAUUAACUUCAGAUCAGCAACAAUUACUCUCUACCUAAAGAGGAAAUAAAAAAUCUCAAUCCCUUUCUAAAUCCAAAGGACAAUAGACUGCAAGAAUAACAGCAAUACCUGCAGAUUAAAAAUAAAAAAAGAAGUGA